AUGCCUAUUACAAAAGCUGAACUUUGCGUCACUAUGGCGUCGAUUCUUAUCGAUGUACUCAAUUUGGGUGAACAAUUCGGUAUCUAUUUUGCACAGCAAGCAGAAGAAAUAGAUGAAAUGAAACAACGUCAAUUUUUCUUUAUUCUUCUGGGUAUUAGUGCAAUUACUCUACUUAAAUCCAUAUUUCGCAAUGAAAGAACUAAAAUAGUAAUUUCAUUUUUGAUUGAAAUUGGUGAACUACUUUCUUAUUUAUUGAUUCUUGAACGUACAUUAGCAGUAAUAAUUAUUUCAUCAACAUUCUUUGGGCUUCAAUUUGUUUGCUAUAUUAUCACGUUUUCUUUGAUUAAAUCGGAUGAUGAGACACAGAUGCGGGAACCUCGACUAAUGGGAUUUCUAUGUCGUCUUGUAGUGUAUUUUUCUAUGAAUAUUAAUCCACUUCUAACAUUAUUUCUUAAUUCAGAAUCUCGAUUUCGUCAAACGCCCUAUGAAGUGUCUCUAAUCAUUGCUAUAUUUUUAUCUAGUGUAGCAUACGAUGUUCGAGCGGAAAUCAAAUUAUUAGAAUACACAUGGGAAAAUCAAAUGCGGGAUCUAAAUCAAACUAAUCAAGUCUCACCAGCACGUUUUGAUCUUCGAGAAGUUAUGAAAAAUAAUAAUGCUAUUCAGCGUGGUUGGGCAUUUGGAAAUUAUGUAACUUCUAUGAUAUGUAGCUGCUUUUACAUGAUUACUUUGACAGUUAUUUUAGCAAGUCUAGAACUAAAAGAAAAAGGUUCUCAACUACCAUCCUAUGAUCGAGGUAUAUGUAUCUGGUUUCUUGUUAGCACUUCAUUUGCUCUUUUGCUUAGUCCAUAUUUUUGUUUCGAUCUAGGUUUCGUAAUUUACAGUGUUUUUUGCAGGUGA